GAAGGUCAAGCGUGCUUCUGGUCACAGGAGCUGCUAUGUGAAAGCAGAGGAAGAAAUGUACAGCACUGAAUAAAGGUAUAUAAACUUUAAACAGGUAGCCAGUAACGUUACGGUACAAACAAGGAUUUAUGAGGCGUUUAAUGAAAUAACGUACCGCAGUCAGAAACGAAACAGGUAGCAUAGCCUGUCAGCUAGCUCUUCUUAAAAACAUUAACGUUUCAUCCUCACAUGACCGCCGCUAUGUUGAGGAGCCUUGUUAGACUUCAAAGCCAUUUUGGAAACAUCCUCUCUCCAAGUAAAAUGUGCCCAAGAAGUCAGCAAUUUGGCUUUGCUCUGAGUUACUCCUCAGCCACGGCAGAAAGAAAAAGAUUUUAUCAAGAUGUCAGUAUAUCCCAAGGUGAAGGUGGUUUAUAUGAGAUAAACCUAGACAGAAGAAAACUGAAAACGCCAGGAGGGAAACUGUUCACGGUGCCAAAUGAAACCCUGGCCAUCGCCGUGGCGACCGAGUGGGAUGCUCAAAAGGACACACUCAAGUUCUACACCAUGCACCUGAGUACACUAUGCAACACAGCUCUGGACAAUCCCACCCAACGUAACAAGGACCAAAUGAUCAGUGCUGCCCUGAAGUUCCUGGAGACUGACACUGUCUGUUACAGAGUAGAUGAGCCCUACGGUUUGGUUGAGCUACAGAAGAAUGAGUGGGACCCUGUGCUGCACUGGAUGGAAAACAGAUAUGAUGUCACUAUUGGCUCCUCGUCCAGUAUUUUGGGUCCUGAGAUCCCAGAAGCAACCAAAAACACUUUUCGGCAACACCUGAAGUCUUACAACUUCUGGUCCCUGACAGGGCUCGAGUAUGUGAUCACCCAGCUAAAGUCUGUUGUGCUGACAAUGGGCAUGAUUGACAGACAUCUGACUGUGGAACAGGCUGUGCUUCUCUCCAGACUGGAGGAGGAAUACCAGAUUCAGCACUGGGGAAACGUGGAGUGGGCCCACGACUAUGACAUGUAUGAGCUGAGGGCACGAACUGCAGCUGGAGCUCUUUUUGUUCACCUCGCUUCUGAGAGUUCAACAGUCAAGCGCAAACUUAUGCAGGACUGAGAAGGAUAAGCUCAAACAUAAAGCUCUCGUUGAACACACAUCAAAUGUACCCUAAAACUGAGAACACACCAAGCAACUCGGCGCAUCCAUGCUUCUUUAUCCAUUCAGACAAACGACACAUCCUGUUAGUUCUGCUUAGCAGUGACGGCUGCUUUGUCUGUGAUCUGUUUAUAGAGUCAUCUCACUCCAGGGAAAAACAUUGGCUGUGUUUCUGCAGUGUUAAUAUGUGGCAGCUGCCAAGUGUGCCACCCCUCACCGAGUUUCCAGUCAUCCGUGAUAUUUUGGACACUGUGCGUGGUUUCGAGAGAAUAGUGACUAAUGUUGUUGUCUGUUUGGUGGUGGAAUGUUAAUUCCAUGUCUGCUUCCGCUCUGUGCCACAUUUGAAAACUGAAAAGCACAUAUGCUAUCCUAACAGCACUCUAUCCAGACAAAGUGUAAAGUGUUUAUCAAUGGUACACUGCAGUAGGUGCAUUAGGUGAAACAUAGUGCAUUUAAAUUAUUUUUUAUGUAAUUAAGAUUUUCCUCAUCCAGUUUGUAUGUAUUUUUCAUUUGAGUGCUGAACACAUAAUUCAUCAGUAUCAUCUCCACUUCACAGUUCUGUUUCUGCAAAAAGUUUAAUUUUAGUGGAAAAGUAGACUGCAUCCUCAUCCAGUAGUCAUUUUCAUGUACAAAGCUGAAGGUCUUGUUGCUUUUACAGUUGAAAUGAAAUAAAACAUGUCUGUUCCCUUUCCACCUUUUGUAAGCAAAAUUACAGUAAAGAUUAAUGUGAAUUAAAAUCCAAGCAA